GGCCGCCAUUUUUGCAAAGGGAAAAGAGACUGGUUUGAGGGGAUCUAAUUUCUAAAACUCGCCGUUGACUAGGGCACAGUUUUAACGGUUUCGAAUUGAUUUCUAGCCAUAUUUGGGUCCCCGCGUAAGACAACAGGCAAGGGAUUUUUCACAGGAUAGCACUCUUUAGCGGAGACGUUAAAAUACAAACAUUUUAAACCUUUGCUAGGGAUCCGCAGUGUGUGGACAGAAGUAUUGUUUUGGUUGUGGAAGCUGUGUGGAAAGCGACGGGGGUCUUACCCAGGUCCUCUUAUUCGCUAUUCAGAUCCUCCAGAGUGGACAUAAAACGGCCUUGUGGAUGCACUUAGAUGUCUGCAAUGACUGCUGUGGCUGGCAUGCCUCAGUGUUUUGGACUCCCUUUCUCUGGACUCAGUAGGACAAGAACUGAUCAGCAGAGAACGUCAUGAGCAUAGUCAUCCCAGUAGGGGUGGACACAGCAGACACCUCAUACCUGGACAUGGCUGCGGGCUCAGAACCAGAAUCGGUGGAGGCCAGCCCUGUGGUGGUGGAGAAGUCCAGCUACCCGCAUCAGAUUUACAGCAGCAGUUCUCACCAUUCCCACAGUUACAUUGGCCUGCCUUACGCUGAUCAUAACUAUGGGGCACGGCCCCCACCUACACCGCCAGCCUCCCCUCCCCCCUCCAUGUUGAUCCGACAAGGAGAGGGGGGGCUGUUUGUUCCUGGGGGGCAGGACGAAGCAUCCAGGGGCACCACGCUCAGCACCUCAGAGGAUGGCAGCUACGGGGCUGACAUCACCCGUUGUAUCUGUGGCUUCACCCAUGAUGAUGGCUACAUGAUCUGUUGUGACAAGUGCAGUGCCUGGCAGCAUAUAGACUGCAUGGGCAUCGAUCGGCAGAACAUUCCUGAGACCUACCUGUGUGAACGCUGCCAACCACGACACCUGGACAGGGAGAGGGCGAUCCUGCUGCAGACAAGGAAAAGAGAGUGUUUAUCUGAUGGGGACACUAGUGCUACAGAGAGUGGAGAUGAGGUUCCACUAGAGCUCUACUCUACCUUCCAACACACGCCUACCACCAUCACCCUGACUACUGGGCGCCUUGGCAAUAAGCAGGCUGAUAAAAAGCGCAAAAAGAGUGGUGAAAAAGAUCCUCCAGCAACCUCUGCCAGAGCUAAGAAGGCCUUUAGAGAAGGGUCCAGAAAAUCCUCAAGAGUAAAGGGUGCAGCUCCAGAGCAGGAGCCAGCCGAGCACCCGUCUCUGUGGGAGAACAAGAUCAAGACGUGGAUGGAGCGUUACGAGGAGGCUAGCAGCAAUCAGUACAGUGAGGAUGUCCAGGUCCUGUUACGAGUUAAAGAGCAAGGCGACGGCAAGAGCCUGGCAUACAACACGCACCCAGCCUCCUUCAAACCUCCCGUGGAGAGUCAAGUUCAGAAGAACAAGAAGAUCCUUAAGGCGGUGCGAGACUUGGCCCCAGACUCCCUCAUCAUUGAGUACAGGGGAAAGUUCAUGCUUAGACAGCAGUUUGAGGCCAACGGAUACUUCUUCAAGAGGCCAUACCCUUUUGUGUUAUUUUAUUCAAAAUUUGACGGACUGGAGAUGUGUGUAGAUGCUCGCAGCUUUGGUAACGAAGCACGUUUCAUCCGCCGUUCUUGUACCCCUAAUUCUGAAGUACGACAUGUCAUUGAGGAUGGCAUGCUGCAUUUAUACAUCUACUCACUGAGGCCUAUCACCAAGGGCACAGAGAUCACGAUCGGUUUUGAUUUUGACUAUGGCAGCUGUAAAUACAAGGUUGACUGUGCCUGUGUGAAGGGGAACCAGGAGUGCCCAGUGCUCAAGCACAACCUAGAGCCCACAGAGAACCUGGGUUCCGGAGGAAGACGCAGAGGGAGUCGCAAGGACAAGGAGCUGUCCCGGGACGACCAGGGUCAGAACCAGAACAUGGGUUUGGACGGCGAGGGGAAGAGCAAGAGCAUAGGCGACAGCAAACAGAGGAAACUCUCUCCUCUCCGUCUGUCCAUCUCAAACAACCAGGAUCCUGAGUUAUUUGAGGAUCUAGAAGACAAAACCUCCGUUAGCAAUGAAGUAGAGAUGGAGUCAGAGGAGCAGAUUGCAGAGAGGAGGAGGAAGAUGGCCAACCCAGCGGAGCAGUCCCAUCUCCCUGUCGGGGCGGCUUCAAGCUGGAGGGGACUGAAACUCAAGGAGACACGAGAGGAGAGGAAGAUGGAGGCCAUUCUGCAGGCCUUUGCCCGAAUGGAGAAGAGAGAAAAACGACGGGAACAAGCCCUGGAGAGAAUCGGUAGCAUAAAGUCAGAGGUUGGGGGCCGCAGUGACAUAAAGGAGGAACCUCCAGCCACGCCAGAGAUGGCAGAUUCCCCAGCUGUCAUGCAGCCACUUCUGGAGGUAAAAGAGGAGCCUGGACUAAAGCCAGCCAAGGUCAAAGGCUCGAGGAACAGAAAAAGUUUCUCAAGGAACCGCACACACAUCGGCCAACAGCGGCGGCGAGCUCGCACCAUCAGCACCUGCUCCGAUUUGCCCCCUGGCUCUCCACCUGAGUCUGUGGAGCCUCUGACCAACGAAGCCCCUGAAGGAGAGACACCCACUGUGCCAGAGCCGGAGGCCAUCUCUUCACAAGCACCGGACACCAGCCCUCCACACAGCAGCUCACCUGCACCUGACAGGAACCGCACAGGGAGCAAGAGCUUCAAAACUAAAAAGCACUUUGUGAGUGAGUGGGUGGGAGAGAAACAGCAGGACCGUUGUGCAGUACGAACACCUGAACCAGCCCCAGAGAGGCCGCUGAGAAUAAGCAGCGACCCUGAAGUACUUGCCACACAGUUAAACGCCCUACCAGGCAUGGCCUGCUCUCCACAGGUCUACAGCACGCCCAAACACUACGUCCGCUUCUCGUCCCCAUUCCUGGCAAACCGCAGCCCUACCACUCCGGGAGUUCCCACAGGGAGACGGCGUUCCCGAGAACUGCCAGAAACGCCGCCAACCACUGGCUCCUGCAAGAAGCGAUGGUUGAAGCAGGCUCUGGAGGAGGAGGGCUCCACCAGCCCUGCCAGACGACCAAGCCUUCUUAUGACCGGCGAGGGGCCUCUCAGCCCCUCCAUUAACGGUGACUCAGACAGCCCCCUACCUUAUAACGGCACCUGCUCGCUACCAGAGUUGCCCACUCCUUUGAAGAAGCGUCGGUUGAGUCCGUUAGAUGCCUGUAUGUCAGAGAGCUCGACACCCUACGGUUCUCCUUGUGCCACACCCACCCGGACAGACCAAUUAGAGACGCCUGCAACGCCCGUCUUACUGGCCACCCCGCCACGUCCCCGAACAGAGGAGCCCAGUACAGAGCCUGCGCCUAGUACCCCAACACAGAUACUUAACGCUCCUCAGGAGAGUGAAUCUUCAGCGGAGAGCUCACCAGAGGUCAGCCGGAAACCCUGUGUGCACGAGGCCGAUCGUCCUCCUUCGUUGGUCUCCUCCCCUUGUGUCAGGGCUCCCAGUUCAGAUGGACCCCCUACAGAAGUCAAAGUUUCAGUUCCUGAGAGUCCACAACCUCCACCUGCCGAGUCAACGGACUGUGGAGAGGACAGGGCUGACGGUGGUGCUGUAGAAGGCACUAGUGAGGCUUCCUCAUCUGCAGAAACAUGUACUUCCUCUUAUCCUGGUUGGAUAAAAAGCCCAGAGAGAGGCCCGACUGGACCAGCUGGCCUGAACUUCUCUCCAGUCAACUCAAACUUAAGGGACCUCACCCCUUCUCACACCCUGGAGCCUCUGGCAGCUCCAUUCAGGCCCGAGGCUGCAGCUGGAGCUGCAGCAGGGCCAGCGGCAGGUACAGGGGCAUUGGUUGGCUCUCAGCCUCCGUUCAGUGAAGGCCAGGGGCAGCUCUUUUACCCCUGCUCUGAGGAGGGAAGUUCACUUGGCUUCUCACGCUCGUUGAAUGGGGAUGGCUCCGGCGAUGGAGGAGGGUCAGCACAGAACCCCCCACAGAAGAAAAAGGUUUCCCUGCUAGAGUAUCGGAAACGUCAGCGCGAAGCUCGUCGCAGCGGCUCCAAGACCGAGUGCAGCUCUCCCGUUUCCACCGUGCCACCUCUGACUGUGGACGCCUUCCCCGUCGCUCUAGAAACCUCCAGCGAGUCUCCUGUCCCUCCUGCUCCCACCGCUGUCUGCAACGCCACCACCACCACCCCCACCACCCCCACUCCCACUGUAAAAGAGCCCCAGACUAGUGAGGAGGCAGAGGCUGCUGGAGACAAAGGAGAGAAGGAAGGAGGAGAGGGACAGUGGACCUCGUCGACUUCUGUGGAGCAGGCCAGAGAACGCAGCUACCACAGAGCUCUGCUGCUCAGCAAAGAUAAAGACACAGACGGUGAGACAGAAGGUGGAGAUACACCUGUGCUGAGAGAGUGUGCGUCUCCAAGCCUUCAGAAGACCCCAACCCACACACCCUGCUCUCCUGGCCCUCUUGCCCAGCCUUCCAGUCGGCCAGCGAAGGAGGAAGAUGCUGAUGGUCAGCCUCGAACGCCAAAUCCGACCAGUCAGCCACCAAACAAGCCUGCAGGACCCAAGCCGGCCCCUCUGACCCCGACGAAGCUGCACCCCACCCCGUUGCCCUCCUCUCCUGUCCACUACCCUGGAUCCUCCCUCCUCCAUUCUCCUAAGCCUCAGCCUCAGGGCUCACCGUACCGCAGCCAGAGGGCGCUGUUCUCUGCCCAGCCUCAAAACCAACCACAGCCCCAGGCUCAGACUGGACCUGCUGCUUUCCCCCAGUACAACAACCAGAGCACCCCACCACCGCCUCCUCCUCCACCACCAGCACCGCCGGUCUCCACAGCCUAUUUUCCCAGCCAGAGCCCCUCACCUGCUGGACCUUUUCCCGGGUUCAAACCUGCCGUCACGCAGCCGUAUCCUCCAGGUUCUCAGUCCCUGAUGCAGACUCUUCCACUCAGUGUGCACUAUCAGAGCUCAGCUGCUCCACCGCCGCCUCCUCCUCCGCCCCCACACCCGAUACCCGGCCCCACCCUGCUGCACGUCAACCUGCAGCCUCCUCCCAUCCAGCAGCACCAGCUCAUGCUGACCACGGCCCCUCCUCCACCUCCUCCCCCACAGGGUCAGACCUCCCAACAGCAGCAGCCGCCUCCCUCCGGCGGCACCCUUCUGUCGCUCACCCCUCCGCCGCCUCCUCCUCCUCCGCCUCCCCCCGCCCCCUCUACCAACACCCCAAUGCAGCCCCACCACUAUCAGAACUUAGGGGGGUUUCAGCCGGGGUUGUUGCACCCUGGCGCCGCCGCGAACCCGUCAGUACCCCCAUCCACGUACCCUCCACCCCUCCAGCAGACCGGACUGCCUCCUCCUCCCCCUCCUCCUCCCCAACAGACUCAGCAAGGCCAGGCUCAGGCCACUGCCUCCCAGAUGCCUUCUGGGACUCGUGGAGCUCCUGCGUCCUCGACCCCCUUCCACAGCUCGGGGUACCUGAGCACAGGGUGGCACUGACCGCCCUUUCUGCUGUCGCCACCCAGCAGCCCCUAAGAACUCAGCCUGAGAGGGGCCUGUACUAUAAGCUGUAGAUACGUUUUCUAUAUACAUGAACACAUGGCCAGUGGAAAAACAGCUGAUUGUGGGAGAAAAGGCUACUUUUUAAAAAAACAAAAAAAAAACAAGGACAAAAUUUUAGAAAAAAGGACAAUGAAAAAAUCUUCAAGAAAAACUGUAUAAAUAUGAAGAUGGACGACCUCCUCCCCUCCUCCACCCCGGUGCUCAUAGCCCUACUCUGGCCUCCAUUUGUUUUUAUAUUAUCCUUCCUGUGAUGGAGAGGAAAGUUCUCUGUUCUGUGUCUUGUUUGGACUCCUGUUGUGAGGCCCCGCACUUUGUUUAUCAAUGGACAUUCCAGCCUAUACCCUCCCCUGCCCUCCUUCCUCCUCCUCUUCCUCCUUUGUCAGUUAUUCCUUUUACUUCCUCUUCUCUCUUGUCUCUUGUCGGCUCUCUACACCAUUUAUUUGUUUUAAUCUAGUGGCUCAUUAUAGCAAAGAGAAAGCUUUUUGUAUAGAGAAAAAAAACACAAUUAUUUUUUUUAUUCCUCUGUCUAACAACAAAUAUCUGUUCACCGCUGCAGAUUCAGAAAAGACCCAUUUCUGGGAGCCUGCCUUGCUGCCGAAGGAGGCUGCACUCGUGUGCGUGCGUGUUACAGUGUGAAUGGCUGCAAAGUGUGCGUGAGAUUUUGUGUAACGAGUGCUCGUGGUCUUCUGAGGUAGGCAGAGUGGUCUCGCCCACAGGUAGGACGUUAGCGGUUUAUUUUUGAAUAUCAAUGGUUAUUUGUAGAAAGUGUAAUUUAAUGUAUAGGUGGUUACUCCAGCUUUCACCAGGAACAGUUUGUAAAUAGUUGCUUCUUUUCUUUUCUAUGCUUGUACAAUUCGCUCCCAUCCCAUUUUGAAAUAUGGUUGUAAAUAUGAACGCUCUUCUUGGCAAAGCUGAAUGUUUCUGUGACUGUAGCAUUAUUUUUAUUUUAUUUUUUUUCCCUCUUGACUCUUCAACUUUGUCUUUUUUUUAUUAUUUGUGUGUGUGAGUGUAUGUUUGUGUGGAGCGGAGAGACUCACAGACACUGCACUGGUUGGCUAUUUUCAUGGUUCAUUAUAAUAAAUCACUGUAAUGACAGUUUUA